AUGAUGAAUGUUCGAAAAAGACAAAUACAUGUAUCUAUUGUGAAUAAAUAUGUUGAUUUUUAUGAAGAAAAUAAUGGAAAUAGUAUAGAAAGAAAUGCAUUAAAUAUAAAAAAAAAUAUUGAUGGUAAAAGUUAUGAAAAUAAAAUUGAUAAAUAUAUGAAAAAAAAAAAAAAAAAAAAAAAAAAAAUAAAGGUGAAAAAAAAAAAUAUAUAUAUCAAUAUAAAUAAUACAGAAAAAGAAAACAAUAAUGAAAUAAAUAGUAGUGUUAAUUGGAGUACUAACAAUAGUUGUUCUUGUCUUAUUAAAGAGGAUUUAAAUACAACUUAUUACAAUAAAAUAGAAUCAAGUAAAAUAAAAAAAAAUGAAAAUAUUUUACUAAAUAAUAAUGAUAAUAUUGGAUACAGUGAUAAAGAAAAUGAGAAAAAAGUUUGUAAAGUUAAAUAUAAGAAUAAAACAAAAUUAUUUUUUUAUUUGAUUAAAAAAUAUCCAAAAGUUUUAUUUAGCCGAAGAAGUCUAUCUUAUUAUUAUAAACUUGUUGGUAAAUAUAAUAAAGGAAUUUUAGAUACAAAAAAAUAUAAAAAUGAAAGAAUAAAAUUAAGGAAUUUAUUAUAUAAAAUAAAUUUAAGGAAUGCUACAAAAAGGGAAACUUCCAGUGAGGAAACUCAAGGCCUUAAUAACAAAACCAGAAAUAGAGAAAUAAAUAUUUUAGACAAAUUAUAUGUUCGAAAUGAAUUUAUUAAUACAAAUAGAUGUAAACAAAAAGUAAAGAAAAUAAAAGAGGAAACAGAAUUUAGAAACGAUUAUGAAUAUAUAUCUAAUCAUAGAUAUACUAGUAUAAAUAACAAAGACAACACUAUUCAUGAUGAUUUUAUUUCUAAAAUAGAUGCAAAACAAAUGAGAAUUGACAAUAAUUCAGACGAAUAUUAUAUUGAAGAAAAACUUCGAAAAUAUAAAAAUUUUCAAAAAAAAAAGAAAAAAAAAAAAGAAAUGCUAAAUAAAGAAGAAAUAUUCCAAAGAUGUGAUACUAACAGUUUGCCCACAAAUUAUGAUGAAAAUAAAAAAUGUGAAAUGAUGGAUAAAAUUGUGAAUCCAUUAUUAAAAAGGGAUGAAAAUGCAGGAGUUCAAUGGGAUUUUAGAAAUUCUAAAGGUAAAAAAUUAAAAAAAGCGAUUAAAAAAAUAGAAAAAAAAUAUAUAAUAAAUACUAAAAGAGCUAAAAGUGGAGAAAUAAUUUUUCCUGCGAAGUAUAGCAAGAAUGAUGAAAUAAAAAAUAUGGGUAACAAAAAUAGAGACGAAAAUAAUAGUGAAGAAAUUAAAAAAAAAAAAGAACCAGUUCAUAUUCCCAUGGAUAGAUAUAAUAAUAGUAAUAGUUGCAUGUAUAAUGAAACGAACUAUAAGUUGAAUGCUCAAAAUAACAAAAAAAAUGAUAACAUUAAAAUUGAAAAAAGAGAUGAUAUUUUAGAUAAUAUAUUUCAUCCAAGUCAAGAUAUGCUUAAUUAUAAAACUUUUGAAAGGAUAAAAGACAACUAUUAUGAUGAAAAUGAUGAAAAAUAUGUUAGAGGCAAAUAUAUUGCACGAUUAGAAGAAAAAGAAAUGAAUAAAAAAAAUAUUAAAACUAAAAAAAAAAGUCAUAAUAUUGAUGGUGAAAAUCCCAAAAUCCAUAUGAACAGAGAUGAAUAUAUACUCAAAAAAAAAAAAAAAAAAAAAAGUAGUAGAAAAAGAAGUGGAAACGAAAGUGAUAACAUAAAAACAAAAGAAUAUUUAAUAUUGAAAGAAAUAAAAAUGAAACAAGAUAGUCAAAAAAUUCGACUAAAUUUAGAUGCUUCAUGUUUUGCAUCUAAGGGAGCAGGGUUAUAUAACUAUGGACAGAAUAUUUGUUUUUUUAAUAGUAUAAUUCAAACAAUUGUGAGAAUACCAUAUAUAUGUAAAGAUUUAUUAAAUAGAUUACACUCAUUAAAUUGUGAAAAAAAAAAAAAAAAAGAAUUUUGUUUUUAUUGUAUAUUUGAGCAUUUUGGAUAUAAUAUUAUAUCAAAAAAAAAUGUAAUCAAAAAUACUUUAAUACCAUAUAUAAAAAAAUAUAUAUGUAAUAGUUAUAAUAUAGGUUAUCAAGAAGAUGUACAUGAAUAUUUAAGAUAUUUUUUAUGUUCAUUAGAAAAAUCCUCAUUUUUCUCGUCAAUAUAUAUACAAAAAAUGUUUACUGGUGUAACUAAGAAUGUUACUAUAUGUAUGAAUUGUAAUAAUGUAUCUUUAAAAUAUGAACAAUAUUAUGAGUUAUCAUUAGAUAUAAGUUCAGUUAAUAAUUUAGAAGAAGCUUUAAAAAAUUUUCUAUCAAAUGAGAUGCUUAUUGGCGAUAAUGGUUAUUAUUGUGAAAAAUGUCGAAAAAAAAAAAAAGCUACAAAACAAUGUGUUAUAAAUAAAUUGCCAAGGGUAUUAACUAUACAAAUAAAAAGAUUUUUUAUGAAUUCAAAAUUUAAUAUUGUUAAAAAUCGAAAACAUAUAUCAUAUCCUUUAUGUUUAGAUAUGAAAUAUUAUGUUAAUAAUUAUUAUUUAUUUAAAAAUAGUAUAAAUGAUGAUGUUAUACAUUUAUAUGAAAAAAUGAUGUCUAAUAAUAAAUCGAAUAAAAAUAAUAAAAGUAACGAUAAUAAUUUUUUUAAUGAUAAUAAAUCAAAGAUUGGACGGAAUGAUUAUAUUAAUCAGAAUAAAUUAAAAGAAGAAAAUUACAACAAUGUAAAGAAUGAGAUAAACACAAAUAAUUUUUCAAAUUUUGAAAAAAAUGAAAAUAAUAAUGACAGUAUUCAAGAUAAAUAUGAAAAAUACAAUAAUAAAGAUCUGAACGUUUUAAGAGAAAUAGAAAAUAUAUUUAUACAAUUAAAAAAUGAAAUAUAUAUUAAGUUACAAAAUAGGCAUCCCCCAAUAUCUAGCUUAAAAAAUUUAGUAAUAGAAAAAAGAAAAGAAAUUAAAAAAGAAUUAAAUAAAAUAAAAUAUUUCAAAUUUUAUAAAGGUGCUAUAUUAAAAAUUUCUAAAGAUAUCAAUACAUUGUAUUAUUGCAUUAAAAAUAGUUCAGAAAAAAAUAAAAAAAUAAACUUAAAAACUUUGGUAUUUAAAUAUAGGUUGGAUUAUUACGAACGUAAACAAAAAGAAAGAGAAAAUAAUAAACAUGAAAUAAAUUUUUUAAAUAAAAAAAAUAGUAACAAUUCUGAAGGUUUUUCAAAUACAAAUAAUUAUGAAAAAGAUAAAUUUUUGGAAAAUAAAGGAGAAAAAAAUUUAAAUAAUAACAAAUUUUAUCAAAAUAAUAAUCAUUUUUAUUAUGAAUUAACUGGGCUUAUUAAACAUAUUGGAUCAGGAACAGAUUAUGGCCAUUAUAUUGCCCUUACAAAAUCAAAUAAUAAUAUUUAUCUACAAUGUGAUGAUAAUAAUAUUUCUUAUGUUAAUAAAAAGGAUAUUUUAAAUUGUGCAAAAAAUGCAUAUGUUUUUGUUUAUACAUGUACACAUCCACAGUUUAUCGAUUUUUAUAAUGCAUAUGUAGAUGUUCUUGAAAAAAAAAAAUUUGAUAUAAAUCUCCCAGUUUUUGAAAAAAGAGUUGAAUUUAGAGAGAGAAUAACAAUGCCAAAGAAAAAAUUCAUAAGUAGAUCCCUCUGUUAUGCUAUACGUGGUUAA